AAUCCUGACUCGUCGGACAAAUAUAUUAACGAGAGACGUGGAAACGAGAACAACGCGAGCUGGCUAGUUGUCGUCGAAAUCGCAUAGUCGGAACAUUAUCGAGUAACAGUGAAAUUCGCGCAUUAAAGUCACUCAAUAUUUCGACGCAACAUUAAAUUUGAAUUUGACCGAGGAUUUUUCGGUAAGCCACAAUGCGUGUUAUUUUAUUGAUCUUUUUGAUGAGCAUGAUGACCAUGGUGAAGUCUGACCGCGAUCUAGGGAUUACGUUAUCACUACUGUACAUUUGUAACCAAAGAGAGAUUGAUCUAGGAGUAUGUAUAAAGCGCAGCAUAGAAUCAUUAAAGCCUCACUUGAAGGAUGGUGUUUAUUCUUUGGGUAUUCCGACGUUCAACCCGUAUUGUAUACCGACUUACGAAUUUUCCAUGUCGGGUAAAUAUUCAAGCACCACGAAGUUUUCGGAUAUAAUAAUCUCCGGAGCAGCAGACUUCGAUAUAACGGGGUUCAACUACGCAAGGCAUCAGAUAAUGUUACAGGCGAAGUUCCCACAGAUUAUAUUGCGCACAAAAUACCAAGUGAUGCCCAAUUUUACGAGGCCCAUAAAAGUAGGCCGACUAACAACAAUUUUUAGAAACGUCACCGCCGACGUCGUUAUAUAUGGUGAAAAUUACGAUAAAGCGGAAACAGGCGAGGAACAUUUUGAAGUGAUGAAUGUCCAGGUGCAAUUGAAAAUCGAUAAAAUCUCGGGGUCUAAAACGGCGAGUUAUAACGAGACGAUGACCAUUUAUUUGGAUCAAUUUUUGCAAUAUCAAUGGCAGACACUGAUGAACGAAAUGCACCGGACGGCCGAAUGGUACGCUGCCAAAGUUAUCAAGGAAACCGCUAACAACAUCUAUGUCAACUUCCCUCUGAGCGUAUUGUAUCCAGAGUAGGCAUCUUCUUGCCCUCGUUUUAUAGCCGCGACGACGAGCUAGUUGUCUUUUUUUGUGAAAAUUGUAAAUUAUCAUAUAUCAACAUGCACGGCCGAUCGCGCGCGUGUUAUUGUCACAAAGUGAGAACUCGUGUGCGCUCGUUUGCAUGAUGGUUCGCGUUUGAUCCUUUUUCAGACGAAGACGGUAAUCGCUCGUGACAGAGUCGGAAUGUCGGUACGCGGUGUAAACGGCAGCUCUUUAUUAUAUCUUCACCUGGGGACAAGUAGAAAUAUAAUGAAAGCACGUACGGAAGAUUCUCGGUGAAAUCACAUUCCAACCGAAUCCUCCGUCGCACUUGCAACGCCGGACACGUCACGUGUACCGUCACUUUCGGCUUCUGUCCGAUGACCGAUUAGCUCGCUCGAUCAUAGUCAUUCGACGCGUUCUUUUAGCUUAGUUCACACCGGUGAAAUCGCGCGCAGACGGUUGGCCAUACGAGCGCGGACUUCCACUCGAUUCGAUUUCAACACUUCCCUCCCGAUGCGGCUCGCAACGUCGCCGAUAGUUUAACGAGAGAACUUUGUAAUUGAUUCCCGGAAGUUGAGUUCUCUGAUUGAAGCAUCGGCUACGACUCGAGCCGCAUCGCGAGUAAAGCGCGCAAAUCGCACGAUAAAAAUAAAACAAGAAUACGGAAUAUGAGUAUACAUAGUACUCAGCGGCCGCAGGUCAGCAAGAUCAUAAAAGUAUUUGUCUCCUGUAAAUAAAAAGAGAACUUUUUUUCCGAUGCAUGCAUAAUAUAGACAUUUUGUAUCGAGACGACAGAGAAAAUAAAAGUUACGAUAUGCGCGAAUGUACGAACUUAUAAAUUUGUACUUUGAGAGUGACAUAAUAAAACGUUAGGCAUGUGACCAGCGAA